UCCUCACUUUUGCUGUGCUUUUGCCUCCUCUUCUCUCUUCUCUGUCCAUUCUUUCUUUCUUGGAAUAUAACUUCUUCACCUUGUGGUUUUUCUUGCUUUCGCUUCUCUCAUUUUUUUCCUCAAGCUUCUCCUAUAAUUUGCUUCUUGUUUAUUAUCUCUCAUCUCUUUCUAUCUAACCAUUUGUUUCUUUGAUCAGUAAAGUCUAAACUUCUUUCUUUCUUUUUUGGAUGUUUUCUUCCCUUCCCUUUGAUUUUAAUUUUGAAUAUCCUACCUUUGCAAUCUGGAAUUUGCUGCAAGAUCAUUUUCUUGGGAAAUUGCAGCGCUAACCGUUUCUGGGUUCUUUUGAUCAGCCUGUAAAGUUCAGUUUUCUUACUCAAGACACUGAAUUUCCCUCUUUGUUUUGAGCUUCAAAUCCUUGAACUAAAUUCCUUACUUCCUUCCUUGCUUCCUUCUUUUCCCCUUCAAAUUCUUGAACAUUAUCUUUUUUUUUUCAUGUUUUCUUUUCUUUAAUCACAAGCACACUUUCUUCUUGAUUCUCUUUCCUGUGUAUAUUUUUCUUGAGAAAAUUUUCUUUCUUCACCUCGAAGUUCUUGAAACUUUUACUUUGUUAUAUAAUUCACUUCCAAUGGUCUCACUUCUUUACUUUUCCUGAAGUUCAUUGUUCACUGUUUUUUUUCAACUUUCUUGAUUUAAUAGUGAUUUCUUGAAUUUUCGCCUUUUCUUGGGUUCUUGUUUCAAUGGGACUCUGUCACGGAAAACCCAUUGAGACCCAGCAAAAUGAAUCCAAUGAUCAUGCACUCUCCAUUGAAAGUGAUCCAAAGCCACCAAAUUCUCGAACAAGCAAAACCUCUACUUUCCCUUUCUAUAGUCCAAGUCCUUUACCAAGUCUUUUCAAGAACUCACCUGCAAUAUCAAGUGUAAGCUCCACUCCUUUGAGAAUUUUCAAGAGGCCCUUUCCACCACCUUCUCCUGCAAAGCAUAUUCGUGCAUUGCUUGCUCGAAGGCAUGGCUCUGUCAAGCCCAACGAGGCCUCAAUCCCUGAGGGUAAUGAAUGUGAUAUUGCUUUGGACAAGAAUUUUGGGUUUUCAAAGCAGUUUGUAAGCCAUUAUGAGCUUGGUGAGGAAGUGGGACGUGGUCAUUUUGGGUAUACUUGCUCUGCCAAGGCUAAGAAAGGCAGCAUGAAAGGUCAAGAUGUAGCUGUCAAAGUUAUUCCUAAGUCUAAGAUGACCACCGCAAUUGCAAUCGAGGAUGUAAGACGAGAAGUGAAAAUAUUACGAGCUCUAACAGGGCAUAAGAACCUGGUGCAGUUUUAUGAUUCUCAUGAAGAUGAUGACAAUGUUUACAUUGUGAUGGAGUUGUGCAAAGGUGGUGAACUAUUGGAUAGGAUACUUUCAAGGGGUGGAAAAUACUCUGAAGAAGAUGCAAAGACAGUUAUGGUUCAGAUAUUAAGUGUAGUUGCCUACUGUCAUCUCCAAGGUGUUGUUCAUCGCGAUCUUAAACCAGAGAAUUUUCUCUUCAGUACUCAGGAUGAGACUUCCUUAUUGAAGGCCAUUGAUUUUGGACUAUCUGACUAUGUGAAGCCAGAUGAAAGGUUGAAUGACAUUGUAGGAAGUGCAUAUUAUGUAGCUCCUGAAGUUUUGCAUAGGUCAUAUGGGACUGAAGCAGACAUGUGGAGUAUUGGUGUAAUUGCUUAUAUUCUUCUAUGUGGAAGCCGACCCUUUUGGGCGCGAACAGAAUCUGGCAUCUUUCGAGCUGUCCUCAAAGCAGACCCAGGUUUUGAUGAAGCUCCAUGGCCUUCUUUAUCCCCUGAAGCAGUAGAUUUUGUGAAGAGGUUGUUAAACAAGGACUAUCGUAAGAGACUAACUGCUGCUCAGGCCCUGAGUCAUCCAUGGUUAGCCAAUCAUCAUGACUUGAAGAUCCCAUUGGACAUGAUAGUACACAAGCUUGUAAAAGCUUAUAUUUGCUCGUCUUCUCUAAGGAAAUCUGCACUGGGGGCUCUGGCAAAGACGUUAACUGUCUCUCAGCUAGCUUACCUCCGGGAGCAAUUUACCCUAUUAGGGCCAAGCAAAAAUGGAUACAUUUCUAUGUCGAACUUUAAGACGGCAGUAAUAAGGAACUCCACAGAUGCAGUGAAGGACUCGAGGGUCCUUGAUUAUGUUAGCAUGGUUAGUUCUCUUCAAUACAGAAAAAUGGAUUUUGAAGAAUUUUGUGCCGCUUCCAUUAGUGUGCAUCAGCUAGAAGGAAUGGAUUGUUGGGAGCAACAUGCAAGGCGUGCCUUUGAGUUGUUUGAGAAGGAUGGGAACAGACCUAUUAUGAUAGAGGAACUUGCCUCUGAGCUUGGUCUUAGCCCCUCAGUACCAGUUCAUGUGGUUCUUCAAGAUUGGAUUAGACAUUCAGAUGGCAAGCUAAGUUUCUUGGGGUUUGUCAGGCUUCUUCAUGGGGUUUCUUCGCGCGCAUUUCAGAAGGCAUGAAAUGACUCCCACCUACACAAGAUGACCUUUUUCACAUUAUGUCUAUUCUCGCUGAACCGAAAAGUUUCAAGGGAAUAAAAUGGCAUGCCUAGUUUUACCCAAGACAAACAUUUGUUCUGUUGAUCAGUAAGAAGGAUUGAUCCUGCAAAUUGAAGCUCUAGCAGGUUUGGAACGCCUUGCAAAUGGAACCAUUAGUGACAUGGUCUUAUGUCAAAUAUGUUGUUUCCUCCUUUUUGUUCUUACCUAUAUAAAGUUUUUGCUUUUCUAUUUUCCUAUGAUUGGUGCAACUGGGAUUAGAGGAUUGUACAGAUGAGGGUAGAAUCAGAAUGUGUAUUUAGGAUUAGCAAAACAGCUUUAAACUAAAAUGAGUUUUUGUGGUUUUUGGGUAUAUCCCUCUAUGUAUCCGUCGCUCUAAGUUCUCUAAUAAAUUUUAAUGUGAUCUUUCUGCACUUUAUUCCA